UAUAUAUACACCUCUUCGCAUAAUUUGCCCCUCUGCGCAAGCUAAGAAACACGCACAACACGCAGUGAAGCUCCGACUUCCGAUCUUUCCCCCUUCCGAAGCUCUUCGCAACCAUGUUGACAGUUAGUGUAAAGUGGCAAAAGGAAUUGCUCUCCAAUGUGGAGAUAGAUACUACCCAAACCCCAUAUGUUUUCAAGUGCCAGCUGUAUGACUUAACUGGAGUUCCACCUGAAAGGCAAAAGAUUAUGGUCAAAGGUGGUUUAUUAAAGGACGAUGCAGAUUGGUCAAAAGUAGGAGUGAAAGAGGGCCAAAAAUUAAUGAUGAUGGGAACUGCAGAUGAGAUUGUAAAGGCACCAGAAAAGGGUCCUGUUUUUGCUGAAGACAUGCCCGAAGAAGAAUUAGUGGUUGCUGUUGGUCAUUCUGCUGGUUUAAUGAAUCUGGGAAAUACCUGCUAUAUGAACUCCACAGUACAAUGUUUGCAUUCGGUCCCAGAACUGAAAUCUGCUUUGAUACAGUAUCCUCCUCCAGUGAGAAGCAAUGCAGUAGAUCAAUCUUCUCAUUCACUUGCUGUUGCAACACGAGAACUAUUUAAUGAUCUUGAUAAAAAUGUGAAGCCAGUGGCACCUAUGCGAUUUUUGACGGCAUUGCGGAGCAAGUAUCCUCAAUUUGCCCAGCUUCACAAUGGAAUUUACAUGCAACAGGAUGCUGAAGAAUGCUGGACUCAACUUCUAUUCACCCUUUCAUUAGCCCUGAAAUCUCCUAGUUCCAGUGAAGAUGCUGAUACAGUGAAGAGACUUUUUGGUGUCGACCUUGUUAGCAGGGUCCAUUGUGCUGAAAGUGGUGAAGAAAGUACCGAAACAGAAUCAGUUUAUUCACUGAAAUGCCAUAUUUCGCAAGAGGUGAACCAUCUGCAUGAAGGUUUAAAACAUGGUCUGAAAUCAGAACUGGAGAAGUCUUCCCCUGCUCUGGGACGUACUGCUAUUUAUUCAAAAGAUUCUCGCAUAAAUGGCUUGCCAAGAUACUUGACUGUUCAAUUUGUACGCUUUUUCUGGAAAAGAGAAACAAACCAGAAGGCAAAAAUUCUGCGGAAAGUUGACUACCCAUUGGAGUUAGAUGUGUAUGAUUUUUGCUCGGAUGAUCUUCGCAAGGUGUUGGAAGUUCCUCGAAAGCACCUAAGAGAUGAAGAAGGCAAGAAGCUUGGUCUGAAAACUAAUGAGAACAGCUCAACUUCUUCGAACACUGAUGUCAAGAUGACUGAUGCUGAGGGGUCAUCAAAUGAAACUGGGGAUUCAUCUAAAUCUGCUCCUGGAGAAGGUGUUCCUCCUGAGAAAGAGAAGCACCUGACAGGGGUAUAUGAUUUGGUUGCUGUGCUCACGCAUAAGGGUAGAAGUGCUGAUUCCGGGCAUUACGUUGCCUGGGUUAAGCAAGAAAACGGCAAAUGGAUUGAAUUUGAUGAUGAUAAUCCAAUUCCACAACGGGCGGAAGACAUCACCAGACUCUCGGGAGGCGGUGACUGGCACAUGGCUUAUAUUUGCAUGUACAAGGCCCGCGAUAUCUCCAUGUAGUCCUUCAUCUAGGUUUGAUCAGACGAUUUCUUGCUCAUUUAAAUCAUUUUGUUUUAUCUGUAAUAUGAUGACGAUAGAAGUUUCUAUAUAACCAACGGCUUCUGUUCAGUUGUUGAGAUAUUAAACUAUUAUCCGACUCUAGCCACAUUUGACGAAAAAACCAUGUUUGUAACUGCCUUUCUCUUAAUUUGUUAAAUACAUUAGUUUAUCGGGAUCCAUUAUACCGUUCA